CGCAUUCACACUGAGGAGAAGCCUUUCGAGUGUGAGGUGUGUAACAAGAACUUUGUAGAAUCAGCGGCCCUAGUAAAACACCGCCACAUUCACAGAGAAAAUGGAGAAAAACCAUUCACGUGUAAGGUAUGCACCAAAUCAUUUUCACGGUCAGACCUCUGCAGGCACCAGCGCAUUGUCACUGGGGAGAAGCAUUUCAAAUGUGAAACAUGUAACAAAGGGUUUACAGAAUCCUCAGACUUACUGAAACAUUGGCACAUUCAUACUGGCAAAAAGCCAUUUACGUGCAAGUUGUACAACAAAUCAUUUUUGUGGUUAUCGUCCCUCUGUGUACACCAACGCAUUCACACAAGGGAGAAACCAUUCACGUGUGAGGUCUGUGAUAAAUCAUUCUCCCGGUCAUCAGCCAUCCGCAGACACCAACAUGCUCAUAUAGGAGAGAAGCCGUUCACGUGUGAGGUGUGUGACAAAUCAUUCUUGGAGUCAUUGGACCUGCGCAGACGCCAACUCAUUCACACUGGGGAAAAGCCGUUCAAGUUGUGAACUCUGUUACAAAUCCUUCUUGUGGUCAUCAGCCCUGCUCAGACACCAAUGCCUUCACACUGGGGAGAAACCAUUUACUUGCGAGGCAUGUGUCAAAUCGUUCUCGAACUCAUCAUCCCUCUAUGUACAUCAAAGCAAUCACACUGGGGAGAAACCAUUCAAAUGCACAGUCUGCAACAAAUUAUUUUCAUGGUCAUCAGCCCUCCAGGAGCACCAACACAUUCACACAGGACACACACCAUUCAGAUGAGAGGUGUAUGACAAAUUGUCUGAUUCAUGGUCCCUGUGUGCACACAAAUGUUCACACAGGAGAGAAACUAUUCACAUGCAAAGUGUGUGACAAAUCAUUCCCACGGUUAUGAGCUCUCCAUGUACACCAACGCAUUUUCACACAGGUGAGAAACCAUUCAGAUGGGAAGUAUGUGAGAGGGCUUUCACCCAAUCCCCUGAUCUCCUGAGGCAUCAGAGGAUCUACAUAGGAGAAAAAUCCUUCAGUGUGAGGUGUGUGAUGGAGCCUUCACACAGGCAUCGACACUCAUGCAACACAAACGCAUUCACACUGACGAGAAAACAUGUGUGUGCAAGGUGUGUGACAAACCCUUUACAAGUCUUCACACCUCCUACCCCAUCAGCAGGUUCACACUGGAGAAAAACUAUUCAUGUGUAGAGAAUGUGGAAAAUCAUUCUCUGGGUCAUCAGACCUCCAUGUACACCAACGCAUUCACACAGGCAAGAAACCAUACAAAUGUGAGAUGUGUAACAAAACAUUCUCAAACUCAACCACCUUCCAUGUACACAGAUACAUUCACACAGGGGAGAAGCCAUGUGAGGUGUGUGACAAAUCAUUCUUGCUGUCAUCAAAACUUCUACUCUAUCAAAGAAUUCACAUAGGGGAAUAAACCUUCAAGGGAGAGGUUUACGAUCACAUUUCCAUCUUCUACCCUCCAAGGAUUCCAGAGAAUUGACAAAGAAAGGAAAUUCUUCAGAUGUAAUGUUUCUGACAAGGCUUUCUGUCACAUGUUUGAUCUUCUGAAGCAAUAACAGCCAAAAAGUGGUGAGAAACCAUUCAGGUGUGAACUGUGUAAAAAAGAUUUGAUGUAGUCAGUGUAUCUCUUGGUCCAUUAAUGCACUCACGUAGUGUGAGUUUUGUAAUAAAACCCCAGCACAUUUAUUGAACCUCCUAGAACAUCAACAAACUCACUUCAGAUAUGAAUCAUUCCAGUGUGAAGGGUGCCAAGAUUGUUUCCUCUAGUCCUCCACUCCCACCUGAAUUUGGAGCCAGGUCACCCAAUCCGGUGAACUGAGAGUUAUCCGUCUUGUUUAUCCUCCAAUGCUCACACAGGAGCAGUUGUUAUUCCAGUGAGCUGCCCGUCUCAAACCUCUCCAAACAUCAGUUAUUUCAAGAAGGCAAAUUUAACCUUUGAUCAGAUUGUCAAACAUCACCAAAAAAAAAAAUCAAUAUGCAAAGAAGCUCCUGCUUGUGCACAGAUGCUACUGUGUCUGCGAGGAGUUAUUUUCCUUCCAAAUCUGUGGGAGAAAAUAUGACAUGACAAAGGCUAGCUUUGAAGACCUCAUCUCGGAAUGAUGUGGAGGUGCCGGUGUUGGACUGGGGUGGACAAGGUCAAAAAUCACACAACACCAGGUUAUAGUCCAAC